AUGUUUACGAGUUCCAAUCAGUCCCUGUCCCUCUCCCUCACGCCCACCACGUGUGUUCCAGGCACUCAGAAACGGGUCCAUUCUUCACUGUCACUCCCCGAACCAGAGCCCUGGAGGAAACCACUCCCGGCCGCCCGGCCCGGUCUGGCUCAGGGUGUCCGUUCAUGCUCCCUGCAGGUGCCCCACGCAGAAUUCCUGGAUCUACCUGCUCGGGCGGCUAGCUUUGACCUGCCCUGUGGCGCAGAGGACGAUUCUGACCGGGGUUCGGGGUCCCCCAGCCCGAACGCUGUUCUACGUCGACGCGGUGGCCUGGUGGAGCAGAGGGAUAUCAUCAUGGCUCACCAGGCUCACAAGAUGCAGAGCACGCCACAAGCUCGCAGGAAGGAGUGGGAAAUGGCUCGUUUCGGAGACGAGUCCGCCCCGAGCACCGUGGACUCCGGGGACGGAGACGCGGAGCGCGGCGGGAACGCGCAGGAGCCCGGGUCUGCUGCAACGGCGGUCGAGGGAGGAGGUGCCGACGGAUCGGGCGCGAUGACGGCGUCCAUGAAGCAAGCCAAGGCGCAGCGGGCCCGGACCAUGGCUCUGUACAACCCGGUACCGCAUCAGCAGAACUGCCUGACGGUCAACAGGUCACUGUUCAUCUUCGCGGAGGACAACAUCAUCCGGAAGUACGCACGCCGAAUCAUCGAGUGGCCGCCAUUCGAGUAUAUGAUCCUGGCGACCAUUACAGCAAACUGUGUGGUGUUGGCUCUGGAGCAGCACCUCCCAGGAGAAGACAAGACCCCCAUGGCAAAGAGGCUGGAGAAGACAGAGCCAUACUUCAUUGGGAUCUUCUGCUUUGAGGCGGGCAUAAAGCUAGUGGCAUUGGGCUUUGUUUUCCACAAAGGUUCUUACCUAAGGAAUGGCUGGAACGUCAUGGACUUCAUUGUGGUGCUUAGCGGGAUCCUGGCAACGGCAGGAGCGCACAUGAACAUCCCCGUGGACCUUCGCACUCUAAGGGCCGUGCGAGUAUUGAGACCCCUCAAGCUCGUCUCCGGCAUCCCCAGCCUGCAGAUUGUGCUGAAGUCCAUCAUGAAGGCCAUGAUCCCCCUGCUGCAGAUUGGCCUGCUGCUUUUCUUCGCCAUCCUCAUGUUCGCCAUCAUCGGCUUAGAGUUCUACAGUGGGAAACUUCACCACACCUGUUUGCCGUCUGUCGACAUCCUUGACAAUGAAACGGUGGACUCUUCUGAGUUGGCGUUUGCGUGUGGCGUCAGGAAGUGUCCGGAGAGCUACGACUGCAAUGACACCUGGAUUGGCCCCAACGAUGGCAUCACGCAGUUCGACAACAUCCUCUUCGCCGUUCUCACCGUUUUCCAAUGCAUCACCAUGGAGGGAUGGACGGCUGUUCUCUACAAUACUAAUGAUGCCUUGGGCCCUACAUGGAACUGGAUGUACUUUAUCCCACUCAUUAUUAUUGGCUCCUUCUUUGUGCUCAACCUGGUGCUGGGAGUCUUGUCGGGAGAGUUUGCCAAGGAGAGAGAACGAGUGGAGAACAGGCGGGCCUUCAUGAAGCUGCGGAGGCAGCAGCAGGUGGAACGCGAACUGAAUGGCUAUCGCGCCUGGAUAGACAGGGCAGAGGAGGUAAUGCUGGCAGAGGAGAACAAGAAUUCGGGGAGAUCAGCAUUAGAUGUGCUGAAGAGAGCCAGUAAGAAAACAGGAGCUCGUCGAGGAGCCCCAGGCGAUGACAAGUUCACAGACAUGUCCACUGCCAGCAUGUCCCGGUCCAGAAUGAACUUCCGCAGCGGUCGGCGCGGUCCAGCUGCAUACUUGCGGCGCAAAGAACGCAUGUUGCGCAUUUCCAUUCGCCGCAUGGUGAAGACGGACACAUUCUACCUGAUGGUGCUUAGCCUGGUGGCUCUCAACACCAUCUGUGUGGCCAUUGUGCACCACAACCAACCUGACUGGCUCACCAUCUUUCUCUACUAUGCAGAGUUUGUAUUUCUGGGGCUGUUCCUGGCUGAGAUGUUUCUGAAGAUGUAUGGUUUGGGUUUCCGUCUCUACUUCCAUUCAUCUUUCAACUGCUUCGACUGUGGCGUUAUUGUGGGCAGCAUUUUCGAGGUAGUGUAUGGCUUCUUCCGGCCCGGUAUGUCUUUUGGCAUCAGCGUGCUGAGGGCGCUGAGGCUUCUGAGGAUUUUCAAGAUCACCAAAUACUGGGCCUCUCUAAGGAACCUUGUUGUAUCACUUAUGAGCUCUAUGAAGUCCAUCAUCAGUCUGCUUUUCCUGCUCUUCCUUUUCAUCGUGGUGUUUGCACUGCUGGGGAUGCAGCUUUUUGGGGGACGGUUCAUAUUUGAAGAUUACACUCCCACCAACUUUGACACGUUUCCAGCUGCCAUCAUGACAGUAUUUCAGAUAUUGACCGGCGAAGACUGGAAUGAGGUAAUGUACAACGGGAUUCGCUCGCAAGGAGGCGUGCAGUACGGCAUGUGGUCGUCCAUCUACUUCAUUGUACUUACCCUGUUUGGAAACUACACACUCCUCAAUGUCUUUCUGGCCAUUGCUGUGGAUAACCUGGCCAAUGCACAAGAAUUGACAAAGGAUGAAGAGGAAGAAGAGGAAUUCUUCAACCAACGGUAUGCCAGAGGCAGAGAUGGCUUAAUAUCUGACGGCAGAAGAAGACCCUACCUUUACAGGAAACGUGCCAUCCAUCGUGGUCGUCCUACCUUUCCCGACGAUGCGGAUGGAGCGAUGGCAGCUGCCGAUGAGCAACCCCUCAACAGCUCCAAUGCCUUUGCCAACCGCCGCGAGAGGCGGAGAAAAGUCAAUAUGUCGGUGUGGGAACAGAGGGCCAAUCAGCUACGCAAACGCCGCCAGAUGGCAAGCAGAGAGGAGCUCUUCAGCAGCCCAGCUGAGGACAAUGUGGAAACCCCUAGUACUCACCACGUACCCGCAUUGUCUGCAGAAGCCAGCCCCGCCCACCUGCCUGAGUCCCCCAUGUCGGUAGGGAUGCCCAUCCCUGAACCGCCGAUGUCUAUAACCGUCCCCAUACCUGAACCCCCGGCGGCUGAGCCUUUGAUCAACCUCUCUGAGGAGAGAACGGGUGGCACUAACCACCGGUCUACAGGUGGAGGAAGACACAGGAUGGCCCGCAAGUUCAGACCAGGUCAGGGGGCAGAGGACGGUGCCAGACACCGACGCCACCGUCACCGCGAGGCCCGUGCUGAAGCCAAGAGUCUGGACAGCACGCAGACACCACAUAAUGUGCUGCUGGUCAAGCGCUCGCUCAGUCAGGAGAGGAGGAUUCUGGACGAGAGGGAAGAGAAUGAGGAGAAAGCUGAGGCAGAAGACCGGGUCCAGGAAGAUUCUGGAAUGUGUAUCGUCAACCCAUAUGCCGACAUCGGAGAGGAUGGAAGGAUACCUGACAUUCCUGAACCUCCUUUAUGUGAAAGGCUCCUAGAUUGUCAUACCAUCCCAGUGGAGACCGCUCUGGAUGUCACGGAGUAUACCGUGUGCACCCUUGAAGCAGAGAAACGCACGGGUUCCCUCCACCGAAAGUCCAAUCCGGAAGGGUGUGUGUCCAUAGAGAUAUCUGCACAACCGCUGCUAGAGUUGACCCCAAUGACAGUGAACAGUAAAGAGCUGGAGGCCUACAAUUCUGAACAAAGAGACAGAGAGGAUGACACAGAGGAGGAGGAACCUCCAAUUCCCUCCAAACCUGUAGCACCAGACAGCAUGUUCCUUUUCAAGGCCUCUAACCCGAUCAGAAGGAUCUGCCACUACAUUGUCACUAUACGCUACUUCGAGAUGAGCAUCCUUCUUGUGAUUGUGGCAAGCAGCAUCGCGCUGGCAGCUGAGGACCCUGUGUGCACUAGUUCAGAAAGAAACAAGGUGCUCCGUUAUUUUGAUUAUGUCUUCACUGGGGUUUUCACCUUUGAAAUGAUCAUCAAGAUGAUCGACCAAGGCCUCAUCCUCCACGAUGGCUCCUACUUCCGAGAUAUGUGGAACAUCCUGGACUUCAUUGUGGUGGUUGGGGCACUCAUUGCCUUUGCUUUGACGAAUGUGAUGGGAAACAACAAAGGUCGUGACAUCAAGACAAUCAAGUCCCUCCGAGUUCUGAGAGUCCUGAGGCCUCUAAAGACCAUAAAGAGACUUCCUAAACUCAAGGCUGUGUUUGACUGUGUUGUGACAUCACUGAAGAACGUCUUCAACAUCCUCAUCGUGUACCAGCUCUUCAUGUUUAUAUUUGCUGUCAUUGCUGUACAGCUCUUCAAGGGCAAAUUCUUUUACUGCAAUGACAGCUCCAUGAACACAGAGAAGGAGUGCCAAGGUUACUACAUCGACUACACCAGGGACAAGAAGGAGGUAAAGAGGAGGGAGUGGAAGAGACAUGAGUUUCACUAUGACAACGUCUGCUGGGCCCUCCUCACUCUCUUCACUGUCUCCACUGGCGAGGGAUGGCCUCAGGUGCUGCAGCACUCUACCGACGUGACGGAGGAAAGCAUGGGGCCGAGUCGAGGCAACCGCAUGGAGAUGUCUGUUUUCUACGUGGUGUACUUUGUGGUUUUUCCCUUCUUCUUUGUCAACAUUUUCGUGGCUCUGAUCAUCAUCACCUUCCAGGAACAGGGUGACAAGAUGAUUCAGGAAUGCAGUCUGGAGAAGAAUGAGCGGGCCUGCAUUGACUUUACCAUCAGUGCCAAGCCCAUGACACGUUACAUGCCCCAGAACAGGCAAACCUUCCAGUACAAGCUUUGGCAUUUUGUAGCGUCACCCUCUUUUGAGUACACUGUGUUGGUGAUGAUCGCCCUCAACACAGUGGUCCUCAUGAUGAAGUAUCACUCGGCGCCGACAGCCUACGACACAGUCCUGAAGCACCUCAACACUGCGUUUACCGUCCUCUUCUCCAUGGAGUGCAUACUCAAGAUCAUGGCGUUUGGUUUUGUGAAUUAUUUUCGAGACACCUGGAAUAUUUUUGACUUCAUUACAGUGCUGGGCAGCAUAACUGAGAUUGUUGUGGAUUUGCAGUCUAUGAACACCAUCAACAUGAGUUUCCUAAAGCUCUUCCGAACAGCCCGCUUAAUCAAACUGCUGAGGCAGGGUUACACCAUUCGCAUCCUCCUGUGGACCUUCGUACAGUCCUUCAAGGCGCUUCCCUACGUAUGCCUGCUCAUUGCAAUGCUUUUCUUUAUAUACGCCAUCAUUGGAAUGCAGGUGUUUGGAAACAUCAAGCUGAAUGACGAGAGCCACAUAAAUCAGCACAACAACUUUAAGACCUUUUUCGGCGCUCUCAUGCUGCUUUUCAGGAGUGCAACAGGGGAGUCGUGGCAGGAAAUCAUGCUUUCCUGUCUUUCGGGUCAGGAGUGCGAGCCCGACACCUCCCUUGCUCCCUUCACCUUGUCUCCUGACCACGAAGGGGGCUGCGGCACAGACUUCGCCUACUGUUACUUUGUUUCCUUCAUCUUCUUCAGCUCCUUUCUGAUGUUAAAUCUGUUCGUGGCUGUCAUAAUGGAUAACUUUGAGUACCUGACGCGAGACUCUUCUAUCCUCGGGCCACAUCACCUGGACGAGUUCGUCAGGAUAUGGGGAGAAUAUGAUCGACUGGCAUGUGGACGCAUCCACUACACCGCCAUGUAUGAGAUGUUAACCCACAUGUCUCCUCCACUGGGUUUGGGUAAAAAAUGUCCUGCCAAGAUUGCCUAUAAGAGACUGGUGCUGAUGAAUAUGCCGGUGGACGAGGACAUGACAGUGCACUUCACCUCCACACUAAUGUCACUCAUACGCACGGCACUGGACAUCAAAAUAGCCCGAGGUGGUGAGGACCGUAUCGCCUUGGAUGCUGAACUGCAAAAGGAGAUCAGCAUCAUCUGGCCUUACUUGCCUCAGAAGAACUUGGACCUCCUGGUACCCAUUAACAAAGACACGGACAUGACGGUUGGGAAGAUCUACGCCUCCAUGAUGAUCAUGGACUACUUUAAGCAGAACAAGGCCAAGAAGCUUCGGCAGCAGUUGGAAGCUCAGAAGAGUAACUUGAUCUUCAAGCGUCUGGAUGCAUCCACCCUCCCUGAAGACAUUCUCUCCAACACGCAGCCUCUGCCCAUGAUGGCCCACAGCGCUGGAUCGGCCUUGACACGAGGGGGUUUUGUGGCCCUGAGUCCCAUUUCUCCACAGGAGCUAUUUUUGCAGUCAAUGAGCUCUGACACAGAUGCCGUUGAGCAACAGAACCUGGUAAGCCGAGGGCAAUUAGUCACACGUUUUGAAUGUAUUAUUUUUGUCUUACACCUUGCGGAACUCCCAGUUUGUUGUUUUAACAUGAAAAUACUUAUAUUUUUGCUUUUAAAGACGGAGGGUGCCAGCGGAUCAAUCAAGCGUUCCGCUUCUACUGCAUCGGACCAACAAGUCAACAGUCAUUGGCAGGAGGAGAAAAGUCCCGAGCGCUUUUACCGACCUCGUCACAAGAGUUACAAGGCAGCAGUGUCUCGGUCCGAGCACUGGCAGCAGGGUGAUCGAGAUCGAGGCCGAUCCAAAGAGCGGUGCCACCUUCUUUCGCCGGACACGUCCCGCUGCAACUCAGAGGAGCGCAGCAUACAGCCAUCGCGUUCCCCAAGCGUGGGUAGGACACGCCCUGAAGACAAACAGGGUAACAGCUCAGACAGUCCUGUGCCCUCCACAUCUGAGUCCAGCACCCCGAGUGUCCGACGGCCUUCAUCGCAGACCCCUACGCACUCCCGUCCUCACAUCUCAUACUCACCGCUCGUGUGUCGCGCCGACCCCUCCAUUUGCGAGGACGACGAGACGGAGACGGCCAGGCAGGACCAGGAGGCCGUCGGCGGUGAGCGAGGGAACGAAGCAGGCCGACACCAAUCGCCAUUGCGUCGCUACCCUUCCGAGCCCUUCCUGGCCUCGCAGGAGGAGGACCACAGCCCCGAUCCCACCGGACCCAUGGAGACGUUAACCUUUGAGGCGGCUGUGGCCUGCAGCCUGGGACGCUCGAAUACCGUCAGCUCCUCGCGUCCGCGCUUGCGGACUGGCUGGCAGAUUCCCAACGGACACUUUCGCAAGCGUCUGGCGCAAACUGCCUCGGUGGCGGCCAGCGACCCGCUCAGCGAUACGGAGGAGGAUGACCGGUGCUAG